AUUUUAUCUUUUUAAUAAUUCAAGAUAGAUAUUUUCAAGAAAGAUUGUGAUAUGGGGAAAAGCAUUACCGAGUUUUUUCAUUGAGUGAAACUAUGCGAGUAUAUUUUUCAAUAAAAUAUGAUGAAAGUUGCAGCUCAGUUGCAACAACUUCAAUUUCAACCAACAUUCAGUGUUGUGCUGAAUCAUUCCACCCUCCAGAUAAGAUAAGCGACUUUUUGAGGUAAUCUUCCAAUUUUUGCUGUAUAAUAUUUGUGGGAGCACAGUUCAUCAUUACAAUCAAAAUGAAGAUCGUCGGUGUACUUUGUGCUUUUGUGUUCAUCAUCGUGACUGGAGCAGAAUGUGCCAAAAUACUGGGUGUGUUCCAUGUGGCGGGAAAGAGCCACUACAUGGCAUGCAGUACUGUCAUGAAAAUACUUGCUGAGAGGGGCCACGAUGUAACAAUUGUCGCACUUUUCAAAGAGAAAAAUCCACCGAAAAAUUAUCGACAAAUAGUUAUCGAUGGACUGUACGAAAAGGCUUCAGGUGAGAUAAAAAUAACAUUGGUAGAAAAUUUUUCAAUAUAUCCUCCUAUGCCUGAUGCCUAUUUUGCUUACCCCACUUGGCUGUGUAACUAUAUUAGACUUUUUUCAGCCACAACCAAGGACCUCUUCGCAACAAAAAGCUCUGUUCUCAUGACACCAGUCAGUUUCCACUCCAUGACAACCAUGUUUCUAGAGAUGUUUUUCAAUCACACAAAUUUCAAGGAAUUCAUGAAAAGCAAUGAGAAAUUUGACGCAGUUAUCGUGGAGGAAUUUCAAUCUGAAGCUAUAAAAUACGUAGCUCAUCAUUUCAACGCACCCUUGAUCGUAUACAGUUCUGUGGAUGCGAACGAAUGGACAAACCCCUUCCAAGGAAACCCUGACACUCCUUCCUACCACCCUUGUCAUGCUUUGACACACCUCACGAAUCACAUGUCGUUUAUGGAGCGUGUAGAGAAUACAUUAUUUUACGCUUAUGACAAAAUUUUUUACCAUCUGAUAGCCUUCCCCGCCCAGAAUAGGCUUCUACACCGGUAUUAUCCAGAAGCCCCCGAUCUCAAGGACAUAGCCUACAACGUUUCCUUGGUUCUCUUCAAUACUGACCUUAGCGUGCAUGAGCCUAUGCCGAAAGUACCAAGCAUGAAAGAUGUUGGAGGUUUUCACAUAAGGAAGCCCAAGCCUCUUCCUGAAGAUCUCCAAAAGAUCUUGGACAACGCCAAACAUGGCGUCAUAUUCUUCAGUUUAGGCUCAACCGUUAAAAGCAAGGACAUGCCUAAGGAAAAGAGAGACUUGAUACUUAGGAAGUUCUCAAAGCUUAAGGAGACUGUUAUUUGGAAAUUCGAGGACACAGAAUUGCCUGGCAAACCUGACAAUGUCAUCAUCAGGAAUUGGCUGCCACAAAACGAUAUCUUCGCGCACAAAAACGUCAAAUUGUUCAUUUCUCAUGGAGGCCUGUUCAGUACAAUGGAGGCUGUUUACCAUGGUCUGCCUGUGAUGGCUCUGCCAAUUUUUGCGGAACAAGAGGUGAACGCUCUAAGAGCAGAAAUGGGUGGAUUCGCAAGACAUUUACCAUUCCAAGAACUCACUGAGACUUCUUUCAGUGAAGUCUUGGACGAUCUUUUGAGCAAUCCAAAAUACAAGGAGAACGCUAAAACCCGUUCGAGCAUCAUGAGAGACAAACCCAUGGACCCUGCAGAUGCUAUCAAUUAUUGGGUAGAAUACGUGGUGAGACACAAGGGUGCUCCACAUCUAAGGUCAGCUGCAUUGGACCUGGAAUGGUACGAAUAUUUGUUGAUAGAUGUUAUCCUCUUCAUUCUAACGAUGGUAGGAGCUUUCCUUUUCACUGUUGUGUACUUGUACAAGCUAUGGCCUAAGAGGAGAUCAAGCAUUAAACAGAAGAAGAAUUAAUUCGUGCUCGAUUUCUAAGAGCAACAUGGAAUUGUUCUCAAAACUAUAAUAUUAAUGAUUCGAAAAUAGAUCAUAAAGAUACCAUCGAAUUGUAACAAUUCAGAAAGUACUAUAUAUAUCUUAUCAUAAUCAGGAUAUUGUCUGUGAUCGGCAAAUGGAAUAUUCAUCAUUGUCUUCUUCCCAUAAAUUUUUUCACUUAAAAAAUACCUCAUUUUUGAUAACUAGUUGAUAAGGAUAAUAUUGUUAUUACAUUUUUCAAAUCCAAUAGAAACUAUAAUUAUUACAUAAUUAGAAAAAUCAAUGUGAUAUUAUCAAAUAAGUCAUAGCUUUCGCAUAAUUUCUAUUAAUUUGAAUUCAACCAAUUUUAAACGUUUUUUAUAGUAGGUAUGUAUUUGUUUUU